ACUUCAUUUUAUAUGCGGUGCGAUGAUACUGUUAUUCAAAAUUGGAUUUAUUUGCAUAAUCAGUGUGGUUUAUUGAGAUUACAGACACAACGUUAUCUUAAUUGAUAAAAUAUAUCAAAGAUGUUUGCGGUGAUAAGGAAGUUGUCUGAUAACGAAGUGAUGUAUUAAGAGUAUAAUAACCCAAAUUAAGUUUAAAUGCGAGCGUAGUUUUUGUUCGCAUUGCAAUUUAUUACGGAUGCGUUUUUAACAAAAUAAAUGCUACAUUUAUAAAUGAUGUUGAUUCAUAUAGUUUAGCUGUCCAAAAAGACUCGAUUCAUAGUAUCAAAUAGGAAUCUAGUGCUUAAUUGUUAUGUGACCAACAUGUUCUAAAAGAUAACGACAAACGUAUUUGUUUAAAACGAAUCACAAAACAUAUAAACUGAACUUAAUAACACGCCGGGUACCCGACUUGGAUUGUUAAAAUCGCGCUGAAAUCAUGACUGCAUUGCAAGUGUAUUGCGUUUCUGUUUUCAUUGUAGGCAGUGUUCAUAUUGUCGACUCGUGCACACCUGGAGAGUAUGAUCAAUGCCCAGCCUGGUCAAGUUGUUCAAAAGGUUGUGGAGGCGGGCGACAAUGUAGAACAUGUCAGUUAUGUUUAUGGUCCAUAGAGACAAAAAAGUUUUGUCGAAACUGCAACGAAUUUUGUUAUAAUGGUAAUUCGUUUGUGAAUGGAAGAUGCCUUUGUCCAAGUUGGAGAGCGGGAGAAUGUUGUGAGGUCUGCAGACAUAUAAACAUCCCGAAUUGUGUUUCUGGACAACAACAAUGCGGCGGCUCCCCUGAUGGCAUCAUGUGUUCUCAAUGCGAGUCCGGAUAUUAUUCAGGCGGAUACAACCGAGGAUGCUUAGGUACAUUAGGCAUUCCAGUAACAUCACUGUCGAAUACAUUAACAAAGGGUCAGACAAUGGUGACAACACAUACUCUACGAGAAACCAUCCCAAAAACAACACAAACACUAUCGCUCGAAACCGCAACACCGCCAAAGAAUAUACAAUCAACCGCCUCCUCGUCGACAACUGCAAGUCACUCUGACUCUUCAAACCAAGAGGCCCCUCAACGUGGAUCUACGACUACGGUUAUAGCAGUAGGAGUCUCAGUUGCAGUCGUACUAGCGGUUGCAGCUGUUGUGCUUGCGUUUGUCCUUAGAAAGAAACAAGUAUUACCUUGUUCGAAGACUACAUCGUCUUCUUAUACUGGCAAGCACUCGGUUGAAAAUGGACCAGAGCAACACUAUGAAGACCUGGUUGACAGAGAUGGACACAAUACCAUCUACUCUGCACAGGACAUAAGUAUUGAUUGUGCUGACGGCAAAGCUCGCUAUCACAAUACAGAAAGGGAUAAGUGUAUUGAAAGUGAAACCAAUGACAAAUGCAAUUCUGACUACUAUAAUAACAGGGUGGACCUUGAACAUGUUGAACAAAAUUACAUGAAUUAAACGUAUUCAAAAUCAAUUAAGAAACCACUGAAAAUAAACAUGUUCCUAGCAUAAAAAGAUGCAUUAAACAUGCUAAUAUGGUGACUUUAACAGACUCAUGUAUAUCAUCCAUAGUAGGUAUGGCCGAUGCAUAAGAUAAAUAACAUUAUACGUUUCCAAGCAUCUACAGUAGCGGCCUGAAUUCAUAGACUUUCCAAUUCUUUAGUUUUAGGACCAGUAUAGCGAUCGGUAGUCUCUAUGGAUACGAACUAUGGACUGAUUACCAUGUAAGCGAUAUGAUACGCUAAGAGCUCUUGCAAAAUGUUUGUAUUGAAUGUAAGCAGUAUGUUAAGUCAAUGGUAAACGCAGAAUUUUAA